AUUAAGUCUAAUGGACAUGACAAACAUAACAGCAUUGAAAUUACUCUAAAGUUAUAAAUUUGCAGAAAUAUGAAAAUAAAAGAGAAAUGAGUCCUAGAUAACGUGUGUCUUUAGACAAUUUAUGGUCUCUGAGUUUCUCGCUUAAAGUCUUCGACAUUACGUAACUGCUAGGCUUGUGUUGUGUCAGAAAGAAAGACAGGCCUGUUGUACAGUUUCCUUAAAACAAGUGCCAAACAAAAGCCAUACAGUAUGCUUCUAUAAUAUUGGCACCCUUGGUAAACGAGUAAAGAAGGCGGUGAAAAUUUGUCUUUAUUGUUUAACCUUUUGAUUAAAAUAAAUCACAAAAAUACUCUGCUUUCAUAGAUAUCAAGCAAUUGUAAACACAACACAGGUUUAUCAAAAAUAUCUUUGUUAAAUAUAUGUAUGCAACAAUUAUUGGCACACCUUUAGUCAAUACUUUAUGCUACCUCCUUUUGCCAAGAUAACAGCUCUGAGUCUUCUCCUAUAACGCUUGAUGAGGUUGGAGAAUUCACGGCAAGGGAUCUGAAACCAUUCCUCCAUACAGAAUCUCUCCAGAUCCAUCAAAUUUCAAGGUCCAUGCUGGUGGGCACUGUGUAUACCUCAAAUAGUUCACACGUUCUCAUAACAGUUCCAUUUUAUUCAACUAUUUAAUGUAGCCUAAAAGAGUGGUCUUUAAAUGAUUCCUCCAAGCGUUUCAACACUGAAACUAUGGGGAGUGUGGGAUUAGCUGUGCAAGACAUAUGACACCAUUGCACAGCUCAUGAAGUAAAAUACAGAGUCAUCUGGGGGAAAAUGAACUGAUUUCAAACAGACGAAUAUGCUCAAUGCCCACACAUCGAGACACAUCGCUGUCGGGUCUGGCAUGUCUAAAACAUUAUGAAUCACUGUCUGUGGAUGGAAAAGUCAAACUCAGGAAAACUUCUAAGUUUAUCCAUUGAAACCUCUAAACACGUAAUGUAAUCAUGGGCCAGCUGUGUGCACUUGUAAAGUUGUUAUAAUCCCCCUUGCUCCUAUAAACAGGAAAAUACAUAAUAUAAAGCAUCAUGUGCACAUUCACAAAAAUAUAGUUUACUCCAGGAUCCUGCCAAGUUCUCCUUUUUUGGAAAUGACUGCUAUCUGAAGUGUUUGUUCAAAUUAUUGAUGUUUUACUUAAAAAGUAGAUCUAAAGUUAUUGACUAUGUCACAUUAAUGACAACUGAUAAAGGGAUUUAGCUGAAAUCUGCACUACUCUGGUGAUGUUCCUGUGAAAGACGUAGAACACUUAAUUCAAUUUAUUAUGCAAUAUUUAAAAAAAAACACACAAACAAUUAGGAAUUUUAUUUACUAUUAUCUUGUAGGUGAAAACGAUGGGCUUUUGUUAUAUGCGUCUAACGAUAGCUCUAACAAUGUUUUUUUUUUUUUAAAGAAAGAAAGAAACAAAGAGAAGAACUGUUUAAGUUGUUUUGCUUUGCAUGCUUUGUUUUCUUUUCGAGCAGACCAGAGAAACCCGGAGCGAGAGCUCUGUCGUGUUUGCUUGUUCUCUCUGUGUGAGCAACUCUCAGCGUCGAUGGGGUGGACGUGAUCUUUCAAACAUCAGAUCAGCGCGUUUAUGUAUUGGGUGCCCGGAAAUUUUUUCCAAAUAAACACAGCUUGAUUCGACUUGGGUGGGCAGACUUAUCAACAGACUAAUUCUAUAAACAAAUGAGGGAAUAAACCAAGCUCACCAUUGGCUGGUGGGUCGGGGACACGCGGGAAGACAGAAGGCAGAGAGAGAGAGAGCCGGAGAGCCGGGGCUUUUGGAGCAAUGAAAUUUUAAUUAAUGUGGGUGGGCUGAGAGAAACACAACGAGUGUUUAUCAUAGACAAUUUAUUUUCCAGCGCUAAGUCAACAUAAAGCAGCAAACGUGCAACAAUUAACAGUGCUGAGUGGUGCAGGAGAGCCAGACAGACUGACUCUCAGGCCUCGGCGCAGCAUCUCUAUGGACUCGAGGACUUCUGAACCGGUGCGCAUUUAACGGGACUCAACAUGAACUUGUACCACGGCCGGUUAUCGCAGGGACCCGCGGCUCUCAGCCUCGCCAACUCGUCCCUGAUAUAUCUGUAUGGCGGAGAAGUAGGAGGCGUGAUACCGGCGCUGGGACUCGCCUCAGCCCGACAGGAACCUCCACAGAAACCUCCGUACAGCUACAUCGCGCUCAUCGCCAUGGCCAUCAAGAGCGCGCCAGGCAAACGCGCCACGCUGAGCGGCAUCUACCAGUUUAUUAUGGACCGCUUUCCGUUUUACCACGACAACAAGCAGGGCUGGCAGAACUCCAUCCGACACAACCUCUCGCUGAACGACUGCUUCAUCAAGGUGCCCAGGGAGAAAGGGCGCCCGGGUAAGGGCAGCUACUGGACUCUAGACCCCAAGUGCCUGGACAUGUUUGAGAACGGCAACUACAGGAGGAGGAAAAGGAAGUCCAAGCUGCAGGAGAGUAGCGAAGCUAAACCGAGUCACAGACGAAGCCGGGGUCCGACUCCACAGGCUCCGGGCAACGCCAAACUUUGCGCAGGGACGCAGGUAGUGAAAGACGGGACCCUGACUAGUGAAAAGGCACUGGCGGAAAUCGUGAUUCAGCACAAAGACCAAGAACAUCCACCUCGAGGACAUCUGAGCUACCCGCCGCACAACUCAGCGAAACACUGUCGUGGCGCACAUCCGAGCAGCGCGCGUCCCCGCUCCCCGACCGAGCAGCAGUGCGCGUCUCCGCCGAAGCCCAAACACCAAUCAGAACGGCUCUCUCCACAGGUGCGCGAAAUGCACACUGGGAAUUCGUCGAGCGCAGAAAGCACUGCUGGCACGCCGACAUUGGGUUGCGCGCAACUUCGCGACGCUCUUCCAAAGCGAGACACCAAAGAUCUAACGGACAGCAAGAAGACUUCAGACAAAUCGAAAGAAUUUAGCAUAGACAGCAUUUUAGCCAAAAAAGUGAACCGGCUCCAGCGUAGAUGCAGCUGCGGAGGCUCAGGAUCUGCGUGUCUGGAAACGCGUCACUGCGCGCUCGCUUCAGCGCUACUUCCGGCUGCGCACGCGCCGCACCUCUAUCCCAGAGCCUACCCGCUGUGCUCCUAUGUGUCCCUGGCAUGGCCCGAAACUCUGCUCCAGUUCUGCGAGAAGGGUGCAGGGAAUCACGUCAAGCUUCCUCAAGUACCAACACACCUGAUCCAGCUGAUGAUAUCUGUUGAAGAAUCUCUGUUACAUAGAUUUAUUUUAAUAACUGGAUAUGGCAAAAUCCCCAGCAUUGAAUAAAAUCUGUUUUUCCUUCUUUCUUUCUUUCUUUUUUUUUUUUUUUUUAAAAAGUCUUAAAGUGCUGGUACAUAAACUCAUAAAGUAUUACAUCUACAUAAAUUAACACAGGCAAUGAACUAACAUGCACACUUGUGUAUUAAGAUCUACAGUGUUUAAUUAACUCUUACAGUGUUCAUCUGGGUCCAAGUUGAUUAUUUUCCAAUAACUGAAUAUUACUGGAUGUUCUAAAGUGUUUUAUCGCUCUUAUGCCACAGCAAUUUGCCCACAAUUAUAAUUAACCAAGAAUUACAACACUGUAAAACAUGAUAGCACCAUUAAGUUAUGUGAACUUAUUUCUUCUCUUCAACGCCAAUUGUCAUGACAAGUUUUGGAUAUUGAACUCAAGUUUAUAAGAUAAAAUUGAGAAAAUAAAAGAAAACGUAACGUAAUCGUCAAGUUGUGUUUACUCACGUUUUUGAGGCAGCAGGUGAACUUUCGUUUCUAAGUUUAACCACCUGAAAGGUUUUUACAAUUUUUAAUUGAUCAAGGAAUGACAUAUUCACACCUUUUAUAGAUGUAAUUGUGUGGAACAUUAGUUCCUGUUUUCGCCUAUGUUAGACCAGUUAUAAGCAUUCACCCCCUCACCAGCCUCUCUUGAUAACAAAAAUAUGCAGCAGUGAUGCAGUGCUAUCAAAAAACCAGAAAGACUUUCCCAUGGAGGAAAGCUUGCUGACUGCUACAACACACUGAUGCACAAGACUCCUUCUAUAAAUGCUAAAUAAACAUCUUUAUAUAAUAUACAUUUUAUCUAAAUAACAACUCUUAAAAAAUCAGUUUAUUAUUAGAUGAUGUUGUUCAUAUGAAUGAGUUAUUAAUAUAGAAUCUAACAUGUUUGAAUGCAGCUGGCACUAUUGACAAAGCCACGCUGUGCUGGAAAAUUAAUCAACACCUUCUGACCAAUCAGAAUUGAAAAAGCAGCAGCACUGUGGUAUAAGACACAAUAACCAGUUUAGGGCUUAUUAUUAUUAUUGCUAAUGUUGUUGUUGUUGUUGUUUGGCACAACUUGUGUGGCCCACUUCAAAGGUUCACAUAAGGCUGACAGUAGUUAACUCGGUUGAUGUAUUACCCAUAGAGAGCUGCGCCAUGCAAACCCUCAUGGAUGUUGCUGUUUAAAUGUAAAUGUUUAUUUGAGCUCUGACUUUAUUACGCUCCUUUCAGUGCUUGUAAAAAAAAAAAAUACAAGAUAGAUUACAAAUUGUAUAAUGUUGUUGCUUUUCAUUGCUCCUUAUGUACCUCAUGGAUGCAAAUAGUUGGGAACACUAUAUGAGGAAAAACGUAAGAGGAGUAAAUCAGUCGAACGUUUGUGGAACAAAAUCUGAGAUACAACAAAUAACACUUAUUGUACAAAUAAAAUAUUUUUUACACAAUAA